GAAAUACUAUUACUUUUAGAUUGCAAAAUUAAUGGUCCUUAAGCUAUAAAAACAUUCAGCGAGUCAAAUUGCUAGGCCGCAAUAUGGCAGUAGUAUUUGUAUAUCUUUUUAUUAUGUCUUCUCUUUCCAUUAUUGAAGCAAUUUCGCCAAAAUACUCCGCACGACGGGACGGCCUUGGUGUUAAACCGAAGGGUUCGUCAAAUUGUACCCCAGGGGCGUUUUACAAGGGGCAUAACUGCGAGCAGUGCUUCUGCACUGACGACAGACUUAAGAUAUGUACUGUUCCCCUUACGUGCAAGAUGGAUGAUAAAGUUCCAUCAUUGGAUGAACAAAUCCACUUCUUCAACCCAUCAAGAUUAUCCGAUCUCCCCAAUGUGCACGACACGGUAGCCAGGUGUAUACCCGGAAAGUUAUACCGCAUGGAUUGCAACAGAUGCAUUUGCACUAAAUCCGAGAGUCUGUUGUGCGAGAAACUAUUGUGUCCAAACUAUGAAGAUACUUAUAAACUUCAGGCUCGGGAAAUUUCUGGAAAACCUUGCGAGGACGGUGACAUAAUGAGACAAGAGUGUGUCGAGUGUGCUUGUCAGAACAGUAAAUUUGCCUGUGACGUCAAAAAAGACUGUAUCCCAUCAGUUCAGCUACUCGGAGAGAAGAAGAAGAAAAAAUGUGUUCCGGGUCAGAAGUAUCCCAAUCUACCCAAUAGACCACCAUGUAUUUGUACGGCAAAGGGCGAGCGUCACUGCUCUUCAUCACUAAUCCUCAUUGGAGCUCCGAAGAAGCGGAUAAGGCCUUUUGAGGCAGCGUUCUCCGACCCACACAGCGGGAAGAAGUGUACGCCGGGUGUGGUUUAUAAAAAAGAAUGCAACAAAUGCAUAUGUUCAGCAAAACGACUUCUCCGCUGCACAACAAUGACGUGUCUCAGUAACGACGAGAUACAAAAACUUUUCUGGAGAACCCGUAGGCCUCGCAGACAUCGCCGUCGGCCUCUUCGAGAAAAAACGGUUCGUCCACCAAAGCGCGCUGAAGGGCAGGCACAGGUGACUUUCUCGAGCUCAAGUACCGAGGAGCAACCUAGAACGCGUAGGCCUCGGCCUCUCCAAGAAAAAACGGUUCGUCCUCCAACACGAACUGAAGGGCGGACACCAUUCUUGGAGGCAGCUUUCUUGGAUUCGAGUGCCGAGGAUAAAUCUGGUACGAGUAGGCCUCGCAGGCCUCGUCGACCUCUUCAAGAAAAAACGGUUCAUCCGCCAAUGGACGCCGAGAAGCAAACAGGAAUGAAUAGGCCUCGAAAAUUAUCUAACAAGGUCAAAGAAUUUGACAAAGCGUUUCUGGAUGGCAAGAAGUGUGAACCUGGUGUAGUAUAUCGAAAAGAAUGCAAUAAAUGCAGUUGCACUCGAGAACGACAUCUCCAAUGUACAACCAUGACCUGUUCCAAUAAAUAGAUGAACGUACGACUGAACCAUGAAAUCAAUAUGAAUAAAGAUGAAUAAUCUAGAGAAA